AUUCUAGGUCGAGAAGUGAUCGUGAUCAGUGCAACAUAAAUGGUGACUCGAGUACGGGAUUUAAUUUUUAACCAGUUGUUCAAACUAAUUUAGGGCGCAUAACCAAUAAUGGUCAAAUUACUUGCCAUUGGCUCCUCAGGAGUGUUACUCUUAAUCAGCUCUGUUCUGCUGGCCGGUUUUCUGAUGCUGCCAAUAGACGCUCAGGUCAUUUCUGGGGCACAAACAAAUGCAACAACGCAAGCAGGGAAUGUGACCGGUGCAACGACCACUGCGGCUAGAGGUGCCCCGGCGACUACCACUUCUGGAACAGGAACAAAUUCGACUACGAAAGCUGGGAGUGUGACCGGUGCAACGACCGCUGCAGCUGGAGGUAUCUCCGCGGCUACCACUUUUGGGACAGGAACAAAUUUGACAACAAAAGCAGGGAGUGUGACCGGUGCAACGACCGCUGCAGCUGGAGGUGCCGCGGCGACCACCACUUCUGUGGCAGGAGCCAGUUUGACAACAAAAGCAGGGAGUGUGACCGGUGCAACGACCGCUGCAGCUGGAGGUGUCUCCGCGGCUACCACUUUUGGGACAGGAACAAAUUUGACAACAAAAGCAGGGAGUGUGACCGGUGCAACGACUGCUGCAGCUGGAGGUGCCUCGGCGACCACCACUUCUGUGGCAGGAGCCAGUUCGACAACGAAAGCGGGGAGUGUGAUCGGUACAACGACCGCUGCAGCUGGAGGUGCCUCGGCGACUACCACUUCUGGGGCAGGAGCCAGUUCGACAACGAAAGCGGGGAGUGUGAUCGGUGCAACGACCGCUGCUGCUGGAGGUGCCUCGUCGACCACUACUUCUGGGACCGGAAUAAGUUCGACAACGAAAGCACCAAAUAUAGCUGGCUCAACAACCACUGCGGCUGGAGGUGCCACUGCGACUACUACUUCUGGGACAGGAACAGGUUCGACAACGAAGGCAGGAAGUGUGACCGGUUCAACAACAGUAGCUGGGAGCCAGAGUGGAAGCACUACACUCGGUUCAGGUAGCACAAAGGCUGCGUCUGGAACGAGUGGGGCAGCCGCGACAGCGACGUACGAUCAGUCUACUGGGAACUCCUCAGCAAGUGGAGUUUUCCUUGCUCCCAGUUCUGCUCAAAAUAAUUUCGACGUAACAACCAAAAAAGAUUACUUCGAGUGCGGCAGCGGAGCACAAGCUAAUCCUCGCCUUGUGCUACGUUAUGACAAGACUGUCCCGGAAGCUGAUGUUGCUGCUUACCUUAAUUCUUCGAACAGUAAAUUCCUGAGCGAGCAGACCACAGUCACAGCAAUGCCGAUUAAGUACAACGACGUAAGCGGAGCCUCGUUCAACUUGGUCAAAGGUUUCUCCCUGACACUCGCGCGUAAAGUUGGAACGGCGCUGGUGGAAUUUGAAAGCUCGUGUCAAGUGACCAACCAGCAACAGGCGGACGCGGUUGCCGCAAGCAUCAAAAGUAACUCGAGCUACUCAUCCUUCCAAAACAAAAGAUGGUCCAUGGCGUGCGACAUGCUGCCCAACCGAGUUGUGCCCGUGGCCAUGAGGUUCACAGCGUCCACCUUCCAGCAAGACAUGAGGAACAGGAACUCGCAGGCCUUCAUUGACUUCGCCAAGGCCAUCCAACCAGCAUUGCUUGCUAGCAUCAAAGCCAAAGUACCAGCCGUGGAGAACGUAAUCGUUCUGUCGCUGUCGAACGGGAGCGUCGUCGCUGAGACGGCCGUGCUCGUGAACUCGUCAGGCUCCAGCACCACCACCACGCAGAUCAACCAAGCUGCCGCCACCACCACCACCAUCAACGGCAACCCAGUUCAGGCUACGAACUCUACUCAAAAUGGAACCUACGUCACCGUAUCAGACACUGUGAACUCAGCUCCAAGCAGCUCCGCCACGACGACAACGAGGUCCAGCUCGGACACCAACCUCCUCGACGACGGCAUUGGAGGGAUCACGACGGCACCGCCUGAGGACCCCAACAAGUACGCUGAGGCCAACAGCCACUUCUUGAACGUGACGGUCCCUUCAUUCAUCGCGCUGAUCCUGGUCAUAGCAAUAUUCUUGUUCUGCACGGUCAACAGCAACUCUUGCCUCUGCCAACUCUGCGUCUCGAACGUCAAGAAAGAGGCCCAUAUGAUCUAACAUUCAACUAUUGGUAAAAUUGCUUUAAACUGUGCAAUUGGACUGUGCUCCUAUCCUAACUGUGCAAAACAUACCUCUGUCUCCUAUAUUCACUAUAGAUACGUAGUUAUGAAAUGGUUCUCAGCAACAGUUUGUUUCCUUCUUUGAGAAUUCAAUAUAACAAUUAAAUUUACGAGUAUAUUACUUGUCGUUAGAGAUCUCAUCCAGCUUACUGAAGAUCAAAUCCGUCAUCUCAAAGAUCACUAUCAGCAUAAUAAAGAUCAAAUUUGACUUUGUUAUAAAUUUUCUUACUAUUCAUUUAAAUGCCUCUUAUUUCCUGGUUUAGAAUACUUUGUUGUCUCACUUUGAAUUGAUGAAUAUUUACUCCUUCAAUUCUGACGUCUUAGAAUUGAUAUAAUACAGCUUCAUGGCCAUUAUAGCAACUUCUUCUCAAUAAAUCACAGUUACAUUCGAGAAAUAAGCAAUACGAUGGCAAUUUUCGAGGCUCAUAUGUAGAGGACAUUCUUUCUCAUCUACGAAAAAAAAACAUUUAAAAUUAAGUAUGAAAAAUAAUAUCUGAAAUUUGGAAAAUCCUUUAUCUCGCAUCUAGUUAUUCAUAACACCGUUAAACGAGUCCCCCUAAUUCUGAAGCCUUUAGCUGAUUUACUAAAUAAAGUAAUAUUAGUAGGAGAGAAAUCCCUUUAAACCAACCUAAACAUAUAAUUUCCAGUGAACUCAUGUUACGCGCUUUGAAGAAAAUUUUAAUUUCUGACAUGAGUUAAGUUUAAAUCAAAAUGUAGUAUUAAAUAUUGUAUUACAACCUCCUCUUCCUCUUAACACACUCUGACAGUGAUUUGCACUGCCUCGUAAUUCCAAGACUUAAAAUAAAAUUUCUGUUCCUAUACAUUUCAGAUAUUUGACGUGAUUAAAAUUUCGAGACUUCAAAUAAACUACCACCAAAUAAAAAAACCUAUUAAUAUUAUAUGCAAUGUUCAGGGAAGCCGCCGCGAAUGUAUUGUGAAGCAUUUAAUAAUCGUUACGUACAGAGUGGAAUUGCAACUGAAAAGAUAAAUAAUAUAAAUUUAGCGUAAUUUCUAUAUUGCAGAACACAUAUCAUGAACCUUAGAGUAAACAAAGCAACCUUGUGCUGUACUCCUAAAUAAUCUUAAUGACUUCAGGUAAAGUUGAAUUAAAAGCCACCAUAAAUAAAAUGCAGAAUUAAGUUUAAUAAAUUCCUAAUUUUCUAAGAAUGACCUCGUUCUUAGGUCUUUAUUAGGUUAAAAUUUUGGAGCAUUAAUCAUAAAAUAUUCGUUCCUAACAUUAAUAUGAAUAAAAACGGAAACCGCCAUUUGAAUGCAUUAAAUUCUAAAAUUUAAGUUUAAAUUUGGGCCAUUUGUGAGAAUCAUCUGUGUCAACAAGUCCUUGAACAUCAUAACUGUCGUUCAUGUAUCUGCUUAAUUAAUCAGCAAACGAACGUCUAAAUCCGUGUUCUUACAUCCCACCAUAAAAGUAUUAUUAGUCAAUUUAAGUUUACAACAUAGCUUUAAUAUAAACUAUAGGUAUACUGGAUAUACGCAUUGACCUAGUUAUUUUUAAAUUGAUCUGUGUGCAUUUAAAUAUAUUGUUUUAAGAAUAGUAAGAGAAGCCAGAGAGCAAAUCACAAGUUUGAUUGAAGAGUUGCACUUUAUUUUUCACAUUAUGUCUCUGAGCAACAUUACUUAAAUGACACAGAUACUGCA